CUCUUCCCAGUUGUGUUGCAUGCGGAGGUCGGGCAGUAUGUAACGAUACAGUAUGAGCGUAUCGCCAUGGUAACAGCGGUUACGGCUCUUCGGUCCCAGUCGAAUUCUCUCGCCCACUCAAAACCACCAAGCUUCCCUUUUUUCUUCUCCUUCUCUUCCCUUCCCACUCUCCACUCUUUAUUGCUUCCACAGGUGAAGGUGGUUGCUUACUUUGGAUGCAUUGUGCUGUCUCGUUUUAGAGAAAGCUAUCCAUCAUGAUCUCCACUCGGCUUGCGCGUGCCGGUGCGCUGGCCCCUAAGUUCCGUCUUCUCAGCGGAUCUCGGGCCUUCGCUACCAUCAACAAUGACCCCCUCGACAAGAAGGUCGAGAUGACCAACCACGAGAAGGGCAACUACAUCAACUACAAGAAGAUGUCCGAGAACCUCGAGAUUGUCCGUGCUCGUCUGCAGCGCCCUCUCACAUACGCCGAGAAGGUCCUGUACUCUCACCUUGACGACCCCCACGGUCAGGACAUCGAGCGUGGUACCUCCUACCUCAAGCUCCGCCCCGACCGUGUUGCUUGCCAGGACGCCACUGCCCAGAUGGCCAUCCUUCAGUUCAUGUCUGCUGGCAUGCCCUCCGUCCAGACCCCCACCACUGUUCACUGUGACCACUUGAUUGAGGCCCAGGUUGGUGGUGAGAAGGAUCUUGCCCGUGCCAACGACAUCAACAAGGAGGUCUACGACUUCCUUGCUUCCGCUACCGCCAAGUACAACAUUGGUUUCUGGAAGCCCGGUUCCGGUAUCAUUCACCAGAUCGUCAUGGAGAACUACGCUUUCCCCGGUGGUCUGAUGAUCGGUACUGACUCUCACACCCCCAACGCCGGUGGUCUCGGUAUGGCCGCCAUCGGUGUCGGUGGUGCUGACGCCGUCGACGUUAUGGCCGGUCUCCCCUGGGAGCUGAAGGCCCCCAAGGUCAUUGGUGUCCGCCUCACCGGCCAGAUGUCUGGCUGGACCACCCCCAAGGAUAUCAUCCUCAAGGUUGCCGGUCUCCUGACCGUCAAGGGUGGUACUGGUGCUAUCAUUGAGUACCACGGUCCUGGUGUCGACUCCCUGUCCUGCACUGGUAUGGGUACCAUCUGUAACAUGGGUGCCGAGAUUGGUGCCACCACCUCCAUUUUCCCCUUCAACGAUCGCAUGUACGACUACCUGAAGGCCACCAAGCGUCAGCACAUUGGUGACUUCUCUCGUGAGUACGCUGCUCAGCUCCGUACCGACGAGGGCGCCGAGUACGACCAGCUGGUUGAGAUCAACCUGUCUGAGCUCGAGCCCUACAUCAACGGUCCCUUCACCCCCGAUCUUGCCACCCCCAUCUCUCAGUUCAAGGAGGCUGUCAAGACCAACAAGUGGCCCGAGGAGCUCAAGGUCGGUCUGAUUGGCUCUUGCACCAACUCCUCCUACGAGGAUAUGUCCCGUGCCGCUUCCAUCGCCCGCGAUGCUCUCGACCACGGUCUCAAGUCCAAGUCUCUGUUCACCAUUACCCCCGGUUCCGAGCAGAUUCGCGCUACCAUCGAGCGUGACGGCCAGAUGGCCACCAUGGAGGAGUACGGCGGUGUCAUCCUUGCCAACGCCUGCGGCCCCUGCAUUGGUCAGUGGGACCGUAAGGACGUCAAGAAGGGCGAGGCCAACUCCAUCAUCUCUUCCUACAACCGUAACUUCACUGGCCGUAACGACGCCAACCCUGCCACCCACGCCUUCGUUGCCUCCCCCGACAUCGUCGUCGCCAUGACCGUUGCCGGUACCCUCAACUUCAACCCCCUCACCGACAAGCUGAAGGAUGCCAACGGCAACGAGUUCAUGCUCAAGGCUCCCUCCGGUGACGGUCUGCCCGAGCGUGGCUACGACCCCGGCCAGGACACCUACCAGGCUCCUCCUGCCGACCGCAGCACCGUCAACGUUGCUGUCUCCCCCACCAGUGACCGUCUCCAGGUCCUUGCCGGUUUCCCCAAGUGGGACGGCAAGAACGCCGAGAACAUCCCAAUCCUGAUCAAGUGCAAGGGCAAGACCACCACUGACCACAUCUCCAUGGCCGGUCCCUGGUUGAAGUACCGUGGUCACUUGGACAACAUCUCCAACAACAUGCUGAUCGGUGCCAUCAACGAGGAGAACGGCGAGGCCAACAAGGUCAAGAACGCCUUCACCGGCAAGUACGACGCCGUCCCCGCCACUGCCCGUGACUACAAGGCUCGCGGCAUCAAGUGGGUUGUCAUUGGUGACUGGAACUACGGUGAGGGUUCUUCCCGUGAGCACGCCGCUCUGGAGCCCCGUCACCUUGGUGGCCUGGCCGUCAUCACCCGCUCCUUCGCUCGUAUCCACGAGACCAACCUGAAGAAGCAGGGUAUGCUGCCCCUGACCUUCACCGACCCUGCCGACUACGACAAGAUCCGCCCCGAGGACAAGGUCGACCUGAUGUGCACUGAGCUCGCCGUCGGCAAGCCCAUGACCCUCCGUGUCCACCCCGCCGAUGGUAGCAAGCCUUUCGACAUCUCCCUCAGCCACACCUUCAACGAGUCCCAGAUCGAGUGGUUCCACGACGGCUCUGCUCUGAACACCAUGGCUCGCAAGUCCGGCAACAACUAAAUGGAGAGUUUUUUUUUUCUUGAAAAAAGAAAUUUCCACCUCUAGUUGAUGUGCGUUCUUUUAGUUGCCUUGGUUUGACGUUCUUCGGGGGUUUGGCUAUGAAUCAUAUCGUAGCCUGUCCCGUGUAAACUACGUUCUCUUGAUGUGUUUAGCGACCCGAGAAAGAGAGCAGAGUGGCUUUUGUUACUUUUCUCAGGAUUCCACUUGGGUGGUACUGAGGAGAAUGACACACACCACUACAAAUUCCUCGACAUGUGUGUGUGCAUGUCUGUCCCUUUUUUUCGAGCCGGGUAUGAGGAGUUGUGCUCUGGGAAAAUUUUAUGAUCUUUUUGUCUUUUCCGGCCUCAGGCCUCGCGUUGGAUUCCCGAUUACUUUUUGGAUGGGCUCAAUGGAUAUAACUAUCUGAUUUUCUCACUACAUUGUUUCCGUAUGUCUUUCAGGAUAGCAUGCAUACACUAUUUCCUUGUGUUCUAUCUAUGA